CUAUCAAGAUGCGGUUAGCUAAAAAAGGUCCCAACGAGAGGGAGAGUCGCGGUGAGGUGAGCAAUUCCCGGAAAGUUUGUAGGCUUCACGCUCGCAUAUCCCACUUCCUGCUUUUGUAUUCUCAAUUGGUUGUCCACAAUUGCUUAACUACAAUCCAUCUUCUUCGAUCAAUUCAGAUGAGAUGAGGCUUGUCGGAUCACGAAGGAGACGACUCUUGUCGAUCCACGCCGUCCUGAUCGCUUGUGCAUUCUUUACUGGUGUUGGCCUGUUGAAUCUCACUCUCAGGUCCGUCGAUCCAUCUACAGGCAAGGAAUUCCCGAUUCAGAAAACCCGACCAGUUGCAGAAGGAGCUCAUGUAAGUCUCACUGCCAAGACCCAGCUUUCGAGGACCAAAGGAUGCGCCACGGUGGAGGAAAUGGGGGAAAUCUUUAACAGAGGGUUUUGGGAGGAAAGUCUCCAAGUCAGAAGAAAAAUUGAUCUUCAUUUUGCUCUGAAUGGUGCUUCUAGAGUCCGAGGCCUUCCUCCAGAGCAGUUCUGCAGACAUAAUUUUGUUAUAGGGAAAGCAUCAGAAGCGGGUUUUGGGAAUGAGAUGUACAAGAUCUUAACUGCGGGAGCAUUAAGUAUAAUGUUGAAUCGGUCGCUGAUAAUUGGGCAAAAGAGGGGGAUAUAUCCUUUUGGGGAUUACAUUUCUUAUAGUGAUGUUGCCUUUACCUUGAAUGAAGUGAAGCAUCUAUGGAGACAGAAUGAUUGUUUGACUAAAUAUGGAAGGCGGCUUGUAAUGAGGAUUGACGAUUUCCAAAAGCCAGCCAAGACAAGUGUCCUCUGCAGCAACUGGAGGGAGUGGGAGCAACCUAUAAUUUGGAUCCAAAACACGACAGAUGCUGUGGCAGCUCAAUUUUUCUUGAAAAAUGUUUAUUCUGAGAUGAGGAAAUUGAGAAAAGUAUAUGAUCUAUUUGGGCGGCCUGAAAAUCUUCAAUAUAGGCCUAACGUAUUUGGGGAGCUGAUGAGAGUUCUCAUAUCUCCCUCAGAAAAUGUUAAAGAGGCAGUGAAUUGGGUUCUCGGUGACGGGGUGGAUCCCGAUAUUACAUUGCACAUGCGGAUGCUUAUGAAUAGGUCUCUGAGAGCAGUACAGGCAGCAUUGAAUUGCAUCAGAAAAGCCAUGGACAAUCUGCAACUGAAAUCCAGACCCAAGGUGGUUUUGGUUUCAGAUAGCCCCACUUUAAUAAAUGAGGUUGCUCCAUAUAUAAAUGAAUUUGCAGAGGUUCUUCAUUUUGAUUAUGAACGCUUCAAAGGAAAUAUUUCUGGCAAUAAUGGAUUGGGUAGUUUAGAUUUUAGAGUUAAGGAUUGGGGCCCAGCACCUAGAUGGGUUGCAUUUGUUGACUUCUUUCUUGCAUCACGUGCAAAACACGCUAUUGUUUCUGGGGCUCACAGGCGAGUUGGAACAACCUACGCUCAACUAAUCGCAGCACUGGCCAUGGCACACAAACCUGUGGAGGAUUCAAGAUUUUUGUUCAUGAGCAGCUUCCAGAGUAAUUUGGUUUCAGAAGGUUUGGGGAUUCAAAUUGGUUGGGGACAUGUAUGGAACAGAUUUGCAGGUCCUUUAAGCUGUCACAACCAGUCUACUCAAUGUGCUUUCACCCCGAUUCUCCCUCCUGCUUGGUGGGAUGGGCUUUGGCAAUCUCCAACUCCACGGGAUGUCAAGAGGAUGCAAGCAUACGGAAUCCAACUCUCAGGUUUUGGCACGUUUGACGACGAUCACCUCCAUUCUUUCUGUAAUUCGAGGAAAAAUGCUGUGAGAACUGUUCCAGUAAUGUAGGAGUUGGAGUUGGGCCUUGCUUCAUGCACUGUAGGAAGUUUGAUAUGUUACCCAUUAUUGUUAUAUUUUUUACUUCUGUUGUUUCAAUGUCUAAUAAAUGUAUUUUUAUUCCACAGUUAUUUCAAAUUGAUCAUCGAUAUAUGGAUCUAGAUGCAGAAUUACUCUGCCCUUUCAUACAACAAUUUUGUUAAUUUAUUUGAGGUUACAGAAUAUUAAUGAAUCACUCCUAUCUUCUGGUA